AUGUCUGAGCGACUGCACAGGCUCAAACUCAGCGGCACUAAUUCUGGGAAGACUCUGCCCGACAGGAAAGAACGCACAGAAUCCACAUAUCAGCUCUCCCGGUGGACGCCCAUCCUGAAAGAUGUGAUGGAGAACGUCAUUGAUGACAAGUGUGACAGGAAGCUGUGGCCGUUCCUGUCUGAUCCCGCCCCCAUCACCACCACCACAUCGACUACAGUCAGCAGCGCACGGUUUGGACACUGGCACAAGAACAAGUCUGCCACAGAGUACCGCAGCGGCCCUCGCCUCAUCAUCUUUGUGAUUGGCGGCGUGACCCAUUCUGAGAUGCGCUGUGCUUAUGAAGUGACCCGGGCCACCGAGGGCAAGUGGGAGGUUCUGAUUGGAUCAUCUCACAUUAUUACUCCAACCAGCUUUCUGAACGACCUGAAGGAUUUGGAGAAGCCUGCAGCCGUUUAGCUGUACAUCCCCGAAGAGGUUCAUCCCACUCUGUGAAACCUGAUACUCUGAAGUUAGGAUUCUCGUCAAAAGACCUUUAGAUCUAGCCUAUUUGCUUUUAAAGUUGUCAUUUUAAUUACCCAAGCUGAACUGGUGGUAUAUGUAUGUGUAUAUAUAUUCAUGCUGUUGAUGACUGAUGCUUAAUUUAAAAGAAAAGAGAUAUAUCUAUGAGAUUAUAUAUGUGAAAUAGCUUAGAAAUGUGCGGAUUAAAUCGUGCCUCGCGCCCUUUGAAUAUCAGUCGUAUCGAGUUCUGAUGUGAUUUGAAGACUUCUUUGGACAUGCUGUACCACCUGACUUUACUUACUGCCUCACUGCUACUGUAAAGCUGCACAAUGUGGAAAAGGAGAGUUUGCAAGAUAAGCCUGCUUAUGGUACAGGCAGUUGUCCAUUUCUGAUUUCCAGUCAGGUUUUGUUGUAUUUUCUGCCCUUGUUUUGGUGAAGGCAUGAAAUGUUUUAUCCCAGUAUAGGUGUCUUUUUGUUUUUCAUGCUCUGAACUUGUGCACUUUUUUCGUUUAUUGUUACGUUAUCACAUAUCGGUGGAUGUGGUUCACUGGCUCUUUGUGUCUGUUGUCUAUUUGUUAACAGUUCUAAAUAAAGUUUGCGUAUAACUCAUUCUAGAAA